GUGGGGGGGGCGAUUUCAAGCAACCCUGAGACUCGGAGGAGCUCCAGGUGCGUUUCUCGAAAUCCUUGUCCAGCUUCUCCUUUCGAGAAAUUCAGCCGGUGUGUUUCUGCCUAAAACCGGGAUUUCUUUUCCCUCCUUUCCAGUUCCUCUUGAACACCCCUCUCCCCACUCCCCUUCCUCAAAUUCAGAACCCCUCGGCUGCUGCCCUGGGAGCAUUUCCUAGAGGGUAACUCCUCACCUGUAUUCCCCCCCCCCCCCCCCCUAUUUUAGCUUGAACCGGAAGCUCCUUGCAGGGGGUUUCUGCCCUUGGAAAUUCGCUUCUCUGCAGCAGCCAGAGAUUACUUGCUGGGGGGAGGGGGCUGCCUAAGUGGGGCUCCACCCACCCACCCACCCUCCAAGGCUUUUCCUUGGCAAGUGUGCAAGGAACUGGCUGGAGCAGCAACCCAUGGCGGAUGAAAUUUUGGAGCAGUUGCCGCUGGCAGAAAAGACGGCCACGUGGGGCACCCUGGGAACGAUUCGACCUCACCUGAAUUUUGAUGCCGCUAAAGAUGCCCAGACUUUCUUUGAGGCCAUCACUGGCGAAGAUUUUGACGCUUCCGGGAGCCCAGCUAACUCGAGGGGCAGGAGCAGAGUCUGCAAACUCUUGCUUUGGAGGCCUCGGCUGAAACUGGGGGGGCCGGGUCUCCCCAAAGGGGUUGACUGCGGAGUCCUCCUUGACCUGCUGACCAGCCGGAGCAGCGAGCACCGGCAGCAAAUUGCGGAAGCCUUCCUCGAAUUCACCCAACAGGGGCUGCUGAAAACUCUGGAGGCCGUCUUCCCCAGCCAGUUUCAGAUCAUUAUCAGGGCUUUGCUCUGUCCAGCGGCUCAGUACGAUGCCCUGGAGAUCCAGGCGGGAUUGCAGGGUCUGGAGGUGGAAACCCUGAUUGAAAUCAUCUCUACUCGAACGGCAAAACAGCUUCAAGACAUCCUGGCUUAUUAUAAACAGGAUUUCAAAUCAGACUUGGAAAAGGACAUCGCUUGUGGCACCACCGGUGGUUUUAGAGACCUUCUUCUCGCCCUCAUCAAGGGCCAGCGGGAACGCUAUUCGGGGAUGAUCGAUUACGUCUUGAUACGGCAAGAUUCAAAGGCCCUGGCUGAUGCAGCCACCGGUGGGGACGCUGGACACCUGGAGGGGAGCGAGUGGGUCCGGAUCCUGGCUCAACGCAGCCCCGAACAUUUGAGGAGAGUGUUCAGCUGGUACCAAGAGACGACCGGAAUCUCAGUUGAGGAAACCAUGGAGAAACAUUUCCGGGGAAACUUCCGGGAAGCAGGCUUAACGCUGGUUUCCCUCCUGAGAAACACACCGCUGUAUUUUGCCACCAAGCUCCACUCGGCCAUUAAGGAAGCAGGACGCGACCCCCGGACAGCCGUUCGAAUCAUGGUCUCCCGCAGCGAGACGGACCUCCUGAGCAUCCGCAUUGAGUUCAAGAGGCGCUACGGGAUCUCCCUCUACUCCUUCAUUAAGGCGGAAACCCCCGACGAACACCAGGCGGCUUUGCUUGGCUUGUGCAAGGCGGAAGAUCUGUGAGACACGCUGCCGGCUGCGAGGACCCUCCCCACCCAGAGGCAGUCUACCUUGGGGGGAAAAAAACCCUCCCGCUUUUCCCUUCCAGCGCAGCUGCCUGCCGAAGUCGCAAAGGAAGGCAGCUCCGGAAUUCAGCCUGACCGGUUAGACGGGUUGCCGUCUCUCCCCCAGCCCAAAUUCUUCUGAUGCUUUCCAGGGGGCUGGGAGGUGGGGGGGGCAUUUAGAGACCUGCAAGAUUUGUCAGGUAUUUGCAACAAAACUUGGGUCAAAGUUUAAAAAGUGGGGGAUAAUAAAUAAGUAGCAAAAAACCCUCCAGCAUCAGGAGCAAUCUACCUCUGAGUAGCUGCCGGGAAACGCUGAUGGGCCUCUCAUUGGCCAGUUUGGGAAAUCGGACUCUGGAGCAGAUGCAGCUUCAGUCUGAUGGCAUUUGGGGGGUUAGAUUUCUAGAAAAAGGUUUAAUUUGACAUCCCCACCUCAGCAGGUUCCGCUACCUCUUCCUUCAGCCCCAUUUUCUCCCAUCAAGGGACCGCAACCCAUCAGCCACAGCCCCACCCCAUAUGCCUGUGCAACCCCGCACAUCCUUCCUCUCCUCCCCCUGUCCAAAAUCCGGUCCUCCCCUCCUCCGGAACUGAAAUGUUGCUUGUAAAAAUAAAACAAACAACCAGAACCGUCUCUUUGGCUCCGAUUAUCCAGGGUUCAAAAAAACACUUCCCUCGCCUUCAGAAGGACUAGCUUUAUUCCAAUGUAAACAGAGGCAGGUUUCAUCGAUUAAUCGACUCAAAACGGAGGCUUAAGCGAUUUUAGAAGGUAGUCCGGUCUUAGCCCUCAAAAACCAGGAAAAAGGGAGAGAGAGAGAGAGAGAAAGACAGAAAAAAAGAAAGAGAGAGAGA